GGCCGGAGAGGAGGAGGAGCCCCAUCCCGGGCUGAAGUCGCGGCGAAAGAAAGAAGGAGAGGCUCCUCUGCUCACACACCUGUCCGCACCUUCUCUUCCUGGCACCGGUUGGAGCCUCUUUCAACCUUUGCAAAGUUGGAGAUCAGGGCUGAUCCGGAGGAGGCCGGACUCGGGAGGGGCUUGGGAUCGUUUGCUGGCCCUGAGACCCCCUUUCUUGCCCCGGAUUAGUCCCACCCGACGCCCCUGGAAGCCGGAGGAGAGGAGACCCCUUCUUCUUCCCCAACCGGAAACUAACAGUACAUUAAGAAGUCAUGGGAGAGCUCAUGUGGGCCAGAUAAAACAUAAUUAAAAACUUGACUUGUUUUUUGGAUAUCUUUUACUUCACCCCGACCAUGCAUUUCCAGAGAUGAAAUGCCAGAAGCAUUUUCCAUGUGAGCUGUUGGAAAUGCUCCACGCCAUCCGGCAAAGGUCUCUUUUCUAGCAGAAGAGCAUUCUCCAUUCAGAAGGUUGGGAUGCCAAGAAAUAUGAUGUCGGACUUCUCGGGAAUGAUGUGUGAAAUUCCUCCUGAGGUUCAGUUUGCGAGCUUUGGGAAAAAACAUCUCCUGGAGGGUGGAAAGAGUCACCCAAGGCGAAGAGGUUCCUCUUUGGAUGACGAUGAAACUCUGAAGUACCUAACUCUUGAGGAAAAGGACGUCCUUCUCUUCUUUGAGGAAACCAUCGAUGCCUUAGAAGAUGACUUGGAGGAGCAAACUGUCCAUGACAGUGGCAUCCAUUGCCACUCUCCAAAGUCAAUGGAAGAAAAUAUGUCCAGCCAUUCAGAGUCUGAAGACAUCAUAGACUUGGUGCAGCCAAGACCAGAGAAUGGUCCAGAAGAAUCAGUUCCUAGCAGAUUCAUAGAACCAGAACUAGAGGAAACUUGGAAACUGGAUAAAUCAGUGGCAAAGCAUAUUGAGUCCCCAGAUGAGGAAGUCUGUGUUGAUGCCAUUGGCCCGCCUCCUGUGCAACCAUCUGCUCCUCCGUUGCCAAUUUACGAGAUGUUUCCUCCCCCGCCCCCAGUGCAGCACCCCAAACUACUUCGCUCUGUCCCCACUCCACUUGUCAUUGCCCAGAAAAUAUCUGAGAAGCAGGCAGAGGACAAUUCUUUCUCACCCACUUCACCAAAGGAAACCAAGUCUGUUGAGAGGAGGAGCGCACUCCCGUCCUCACCUCUACGCAAUGGAGAACAUUUUACGGCUUUCAAGAAACCUGUGCCACCCCCAACUGCACCCAAACCUCAGAGGUUUCCAAGCAACAUCAGCAUUACCAACAUCGGGGAGAGGGAGUUCAGCAAAACAAUCUCCAGUGCGGCGGUCAACAUCCAAGAACGCAAGGCUCGGGUGUUGGCCAACGUCAACGGUUCCCCCUUCCUCAUAAGUGAAGGGGAAGAGAGACUUCAGAAGCAUGAAAUGUCAGGUUAUGGUAGAAGCUCAUCCCUAAGAGAUUUGCCUUCAGAGCAAGCAAGGCAGGAAGCCUUGAGUAGACUCGGUUUGGUAGAAGAAGGUUUUGGCCAAGAUCAAUGGGAUCACUCUCGAAGCAUUCCCAGAUCAAAGGAGGACAAAGCCGAACAAGUUCAGACUGUGUCAAAUGGCUAUCGCAAUAUCCAUGAAAUCUUAAAGAGGGAAUCCGACCAUUUCCCAAGCGUGAGCAAAACGGUGACAUUCAAACCGGACGUUGAUCUCACAGAUGGUAAGUCUGCUCGACAGAACGCCAGCAGGAGUUUUUAUGACCACAGGCCACCAUCAAGCCUUAGCCUGGACAUAAGGAGGAGAACUGGCUCAUUGCCCAGACCCUCUGGACUCAGACCGCAAGGCAUCACGGUACAGUUCUCCGGGCGCGGGUCAACAGAAGAAGCCAGGAGGGAGGCAUUACGGAAACUUGGACUGCUGAAGGAGUAGAUGAUAGACAGUAGAGGGAAGAACAUAUGAUCCCAAAGACAAAACCCAGUGAGAUCAAAUGACAGCUCUCCUUUUCUUGUCUCCUUGAAAUGAAGGAAAUAUUUAAUGUCAGAGUGCCAGAAAUGAUUUCUGCUAACAUUCUGUCAUGAAUUUCAUUAUGAUGGGCAAUCGUAUUGCUUUAUCCAAGUCUUUUGUUGGAUUUCAAAAAAAGACCCAACAAGUCCAUAAGAAUCCUAACUUUCAACGGAAGGCAUCCUACUAAAUGAAGUUUAAUUGUACAGUAUUUGUGCAUAUGUAUGUAUGUAUGUUUGUAUGUAGCUGACAAAUAUGACUGAGUGCAUUGCCUUUUCUUUGGACUCCUACCAUAAUGAAGCCAAAAAAAAUGAAGAAAUGGUACUGAUCAAUUAUAUAAGAAUAAAUGUUGUGUGUGUAUAAAUGUGUGCAUAUAUUGAAGAGGUCAAACAUAUAAUAAAGCUGCUGUCUUUUAUUAUUGUGAACAUUUAACGUCACAGACACACCACAUAUUUCUUUCAUCUGGAGAGUGUUGGACAUAGAAUUGGUCAGAAUGUAAACAACUUUUUAUGAUAAUAAUUUUAAAUGAGGACCUAAAUACACUUAGCAUCAGAUUGUGUCUGAUUUUGGCAGUCAAACAGGGCCAGCCCUAUUUAAUACUUGGAGGGGAAGCCACCAAGAAAUACCAGCUCAAAAGGCAACCUGAAAGCGCACAUACACAAUCCAAUGAAAUGGUUUUAAAUUAGUUUUGUCUCAUCUGGGGAGAAUGUAGUCUUGAAAUAAAGAGCUGUUUCUUUAGAUCCCACAAAGUUUGGUAAAAUUACUUUGUUGAACAACACUCUCCUACUAUCAGCCAAAUGCCCAGCCGGCAGGACCAAAACCAAGAUUUUUCCAAGCUUUAUUCACAAUUGACCUGGUGGUUCGGGCCAAACAGACCAUCUAAUCCAGUGGCUUUCCAGAUGCCAUUGGGAAGCACAUGUGCACAACAGCAUACUAGUAGUACUGAGGAUAAUACACAGCCAUCACCAAACUACAGAUCCUAGGAUUCCACAGGAUGGACUCGUGGCAGCUAAAAUGUUAUCAAUAUGCUGUAACUAUAUAGUGUGGACACACUUCCAAAUGUUUUGAACUUGUUGUUCAAUAUGCUGGGAAUUCUAGAGCACUGCUCCUGAAUUGCCUACUAGGUUGUAGUGGUCCUCAGAUAUUUUGAGCUUCAUCUUCCAGAUGUGUCAAUGUGUCAAGCAUAAAAAAAUGUGAGCAGUAUUGUUAUUGAGAAUCAGGUGUCCCUUUGAGGACAAAAUGAAGCAUCUUUAGGGUAAGCUAUAAACCCUGUUCCUAGAAAUGUAGACUGGGAAAAAAGAUAUAGAUCAAAAGCCGUGAAUCUCUCCUCUCAUCACAUCACUCCCAGAGUAUUCUCAACCAUUGCUUAUAUUUUUGACCUGAAGUUAUAAUAUUCCUUGUGUGUGAUUGUCAUUGGUCAUAUUUGCUGAGACAUUCUGGUGGUUUUGAUCCAAAAAAGUAACUUUCACAUUAUCUAUUCUAAACUAAUUUUGAACUUGAAACAUGAGCAAUUUGAAUUACGCAGCUGUACUUGAAAUACCAGGAAUUGUUCCAAAAAUGCCAUUAGAUUUUCACCUUCUUUGGGCCAAAUAACAGCUACUUUAUUUUGCUGUAAUUUAAAACUCUGGUCUAAAAGUUAUUCCAUCUGUUUAGAAAACACUAGAAAUUUUGAAGAGGGUUUUUAAAUCCCUCUCUUCAGAUUUCUACUCAUGAUUUUUCUCAGAUCUAAAAACAUAAAGGAAUCUGUGUAUGUAUCAGUUAUAAGAACUGUGUGUAUGUGUGUGUGAAGGAAAGAGAAGCUUUGCCACUGUGAAUUUGCAUAUAUUUCCUAUUGCUUGAACCUCCCAGCUAGUUCUAACAGAUGAAGGUUGUUGUGAAGGAAUUUCAUAUAUCGUUUGUCUCAAAAUUAACUUAUGCCAACGAAUACAGUUUAAUCUGCUUUUAUUUCUUUAAACUGCUGUAUAUUUAUAGGGUUCUGCUCAGAAUGCUAAAAAUAUUUAUACAUUUAUUGUCACACUUCUCCACUGAUGCUCAACAAUGCUGUAACAUUCGUUAGCUGAAAUAAACAUGGUUGUCUCCAGAA